AUGACUAGAAGCAGAGCCAAGGGUCUUACCAUCUUCAAGCCAUUUAAAGAGAAGAAGGGCACUGUGAUUGCACUAUCUGAUGAUAGUGAUUCCCCCAUAAAGAGGCUUGCUGAUCAAGCUAGUGAAAACAGAUCAACAAAAGUGGAUUUUACUUAUUUGAACACCCUGGCAGAUGCAGCUACACAAAUGAUCACUCCAAGCAUACCUCCAAGUAUUACAGAAAGGCUUCAAACAGCUGAGGCUAAAAAGCAUGGUACUUCCUCUUUAAAUAACCACAUGAAAGCUUGUUUAAAGAAUCCCCAUGCUAAGGAAACAAAGCAGUCAAUUCUUGCAUUUCAAUCUGCAAAAUUUGAGAAUAGUGAUGGUGCUUUGACCUCUUGGGUUUUUAACCAAGAGGUUGUUCGAAAGAUGUUAGCGAAAAUGAUUAUAAUGGAUGAACUUCCAUUUAGGUUUGUUGAAGGGAGAGGUUUUAAACAGUUUGUUGAGACUGCAUGCCCUAGAUUUAAGAUCUCUUCUAGAUGGACAGUUAAUAGGGAUAUAUUCAGUAUUUACUUUGAAGAGAAAACCAACCUUAAGAAAUUGUUUAAGUCAAGCAUGCAGCAGAUUAGUUUGACCACUGAUACGUGGACAUUUGUCCAAAGAAUCAAUUAUAUGUGUGUCACUGCACAUUUUAUUGAUGGUGAGUGGAAAUUAAAUAAAAAGGCCAUCUCAUUUGUGCCUAUACAUUCAUAUAAAGGGGAAAGUAUAUCUAAGGCCAUAGAGAGUUGUUUGCUUGAAUGGGGAGUAAAAAAUAUUUUCACCAUCACAGUUGAUAAUGCAUCAAGCAAUGACAUUGCCGUUGGGUUCAUGAAGAAGAAGGUGGUGAAUUGGGGUGGUUCUUCUACUAGGGCAGAAUUCAACAGUAAGAAGAUUAGGGAUUGCAUUAGGUGGGUGAGGGGUUCUCCAUCUAGGUUGAAGAAGUUUAGAGAACUUGCAGAAUUGCUUGAAGUGGAAGAGAAAAGUUCCUUAUGUCUUGACGUUCCAACUAGAUGGAACUCCACCUAUAUGAUGCUUCAAACCGCAAUAGGUUACAGAAAAGUUUUUGAAACGUAUGAGAGUAGUGACAUCGCGUUACAUUUGGAUUUGGGUGAUUCGAUGCCUUCCUAUCUUGAUUGGUUACAGAUUUCGGAUUUUAGUUGCAUUAUUGCCGAUAUGUUACAAUAUACGUCGAAAGUUGAAGAGGAAAUGGGUGUUAAAAUGAAAGAGAAGUUCAGUAAAUAUUGGGGUGAUCCAGAUAAGAUGAACUUCGUCAUAUUUUUUGGCAAUAUAUUGGACCCGAGAGACAAGGUUGAGUACAUGCAAGUCUAA